CGGUUCCCAGCUUCAAGAACAUCGCGGAAUCCACAGGACACAGCCAGAGCUCGCUCUCAAACCACCAGCAGCAGCAGCCGCCGGAGCUGAGGGGAGCGUUGCGGUUUCGGAGUGGGAGGGAGAAAUCAAGGAGCCAGCUUUAGUCUAGUCUGCCGAUCAAUUGCAGCUUCAGCUUCGCUGACCGAUCAGCGACCGCCAUGGGAGUGCCGGUGAGGAGGGAGAGGGACGCGGAGGCGGAGCUGAACCUGCCGCCGGGGUUCCGGUUCCACCCGACGGACGACGAGCUGGUGGAGCACUACCUGUGCCGGAAGGCGGCGGGGCAGCGCCUCCCGGUGCCCAUCAUCGCGGAGGUGGACCUGUACAAGUUCGACCCCUGGGACCUGCCGGAGCGGGCGCUGUUCGGGACCAGGGAGUGGUACUUCUUCACGCCCAGGGACCGCAAGUACCCCAACGGCUCGCGCCCCAACCGCGCCGCCGGCAACGGGUACUGGAAGGCCACCGGCGCCGACAAGCCCGUCGCGCCGCGGGGGCGCACGCUGGGGAUCAAGAAGGCGCUCGUGUUCUACGCCGGCAAGGCGCCGCGCGGGGUCAAGACCGACUGGAUCAUGCACGAGUACAGGCUCGCCGACGCCGGCCGCGCCGCCGCAGCCAAGAAGGGAUCACUCAGGUUGGAUGACUGGGUGCUGUGCCGCCUGUACAACAAGAAGAACGAGUGGGAGAAGAUGCGGCUGGGGAAGGAGUCCGCCGCCGGCGCCGUGGCCAAGGAGGAGGCGAUGGACAUGACCACCUCCCACUCCCACUCGCAGUCCCACUCGCACUCGUGGGGGGAGACGCGCACGCCGGAGUCGGAGAUCGUGGACAACGACCCCUUCCCGGAGCUGGACUCGUUCCCGGCGUUCCAGGACCCCGCGGCGGCGAUGAUGGUGCCCAAGAAGGAGCCGCACGCGGACGACGGCAACAACAACGCCGCCAAGAACAGCGACCUGUUCGUGGACCUCAGCUACGACGACAUCCAGAGCAUGUACAGCGGGCUCGACAUGCUGCCGCCGCCCGGGGAGGACUUCUACUCGUCGCUCUUCGCGUCGCCCAGGGUCAAGGGGAACCAGCCCGCCGGCGCCGCCGGGUUGGCCCCGUUCUGAGCUGACGCGGCAUGUCAACCAUGUGACUAUGUGAGGACGGUGGAUGGCCGACGAGGAGACGGCGCCGCAAGAGGCUGCGGCGGCGGCCUCUGUAAAUACAGCGUAGGAGUCGAAGAAGAACCUGAACCUGAACCUGGUCGGGGUUGCAGGGUUACGAGUGUGGGUGUAGCGUACAUGGAGCCGGCCCCGGUGGUGGCGCCCGGCUCAUUCUUUUGUUUUCACCUUUCACCGCAGACGGUAGAUUACUCGUAUAUGUGUAGCUCUUCCCUCUUUGUUCAACAGAACCGAAGAAAUUUUGCUGCUGUUCCUGUUUA